AUGUCGAACCUGUAAGAUCUCGAGUCUAUUUGUGACAAACCCGCAAAUCAUAACUUAAUUUGUCACCCCUAAAUAUUAGUGGUGCUCAAUAACAAAAUUCCUUAAUCAAUUAAAUGAUAUGAUUUAGUUUAGUGAACAUUGAAAUUAGAAUCGCGUUUAUCCCAAUCCAGAAUAGUCCAAUUCAAACAAACAAACAACUAAACAUAUAUAAUGGUUUGGUUCAGUGUUAGACACAGUCCCGCCUUUAUUUUAUUUCUUAUUUUUGGCGCAAAUUCAUAUAUAAAUAUAUUAGGAAAAAAAACCUUCCGAUUCCAUAAACUCAAUAGCUCUUCCGAGUCGACUCAGUGAUUUCCUUCUCUGGGUUUAUUGUUCAAUGAAGGAAGAAUUUUGCUGAAUUAGAGGAAGGAUUAAGAUCAACAUGAGCGGAUCCAGGGAGAAUUCACCUGAUUGGCUGCGGUGUUUUAAGCCUCCUACUGAGACAACCUUUGAAUUAUCAUCGGAUUCUGUGGUUUCUUCCCCUGCUGGUAGUCCUUCAAAGGAUGAUGGAUCUGAUAGUGAAGAACUGACUUUGGGUAAGUCUUCAGAAACCUUAGAUGACAAUGAGAAUCUUGGAAAAAUUCUUGGUGAAAGUGGUGGUAAAUCUUCGAGAUCAAGGUUAAGGACUCCGAAAAAAGGGCAAAAGUUAGAAGAUGGUAAAUCUUUAGAGAAGAAUAAAACAGCCAAGAAAAGAACAGGUGGUAAGGUUGCUGGGAAAGUUCCCAAGAAGGAAACUGAUGAUGAGUUGAAAUCCUCAGUUUGGACACUGUCUUCAGAUUCCGAGUCAUCUCCUCAAAACAGUCCUACAGCGGAAAAUGAUAAGCAAGAUUCUGAUGAUGAGAAAAUUUCUCAAUGUAUAGGCAGAGGGAAGAAGGCGGUCCUUGGCAGUAGCAGUGACUCUCCCUCUAAGAAGGCUUCAAAAGAUAAAUCGCCAAAAAAAGAGCUGCAAGUGGAUGGCCUUACAACAAUAAAAGAAAAGAAAAAGAGUAGUUUGAAGAAAGAAGCAAGUGAUGAUGUGGAAAUGAAAGAGGAAGGGGAACCUGAAAAACAAGUUGAAUCUCGAGUAUCUUCUGGAAGAUUUCCUUUGAUACUCUCCGAGAAAGUCCAACGAACAAAGGCACUUGUAGAGUGUGAAGGGGAUUCCAUAGAUUUGGCUGGUGACAUAGGUGCUGUUGGACGAGUUGUCAUUUCAGAUGCUGCAUCUGGUGAUCCUGAGAUGUACUUGGAUUUGAAAGGAACCAUAUACAAAACAACAAUAGUUCCUUCCAGAACAUUUUGUGUAGUUAGCUUUGGACAAUCAGAGGCAAAGAUAGAAGCCAUCAUGAAUGACUUCAUUCAGUUAAAACCACAAUCAAACGUCUUUGAAUCCGAAACUAUGGUUGAAGGAACACUGGAUGGUUUCUCAUUUGAUUCGGAUGAAGAGGGUGAAAAGGUUCCGAAAGCUCAACAAACUGAGCUCGGUGAAGAUGGUGAAGAGAAAACUAAUGGAAAGUCAAAAGGAAAAGCUGAGAAAGCAUCGGGCGUUGCACGAAAGCGGGGUAGAGCUGCGGGAGGGAAGGCACAACCGCAAAAGAAAGUAAAAAGGAAAGCUCCAGCUUCCAAGAAAGCCAAGGGCAAGGCCAAGAAGUGAGGAUAAACUUAUAUUUUUAUUAUUCAUUUUAGUUCUGCCAUAACUAACAAUCAAUAGAAUUUGUAUUAUGUUCAAUUAGAUGACACUAGUUGUAGGUUUUUAUGAACAUGUUGGUUAGAAUUUAUGGCGAAAUAAUGGGAUCGAUAUACCUUGAAAAAUUUAAUUUUAAUAAUACUGAAAUAUCAUAUUACCCUUAUAAUUAUGUUGUUUCUGAAAUAGUUGUAGAAAUAUUUGGCUACUUUUCCUUUGUAAGAUUUAUAUUUGGUAACAAUAUCACAAUGUACAUUUUGAGAACAUAACAAAAGCCAAUUGAUGGGAUCUAAUGAGCUAUGAUCUGCAUGCAUCUCUUCAAAUUAGAUUUUAGAACAAAGUUCUUCCUCUUGGCUCAUUGCUUUAGUAGCUCUCGAGGACUCAAGACUUCAGAGCAGUUAGAAGUGUUCAUGAGAUUAGCUUGAGGAUCAGAAGAACGAUUGGCAGCAGGGUUGGAAGUGGCAAGAGUGUGUUAGAAGAAGAGACCAUCCGUACUGCUGCUUGAUCGCUGUGGCCAUAUACUGGCAUCGAUGGCUGUUGUAUCGGUAUUGAUGGCUCUUGAACUGGUAUGAUUGGUGGUGCCAAUCCACCUACUGGUAUGGCUGGCGGUGGUGGUGCAAGCUCACUCCCUGGUAUUGAUGGCUCUUGCACCGGUAUGGUUGGUGGUGCCAGUCCACCUAUUGGUGUGGCUGGUGGUGGUUGUGCCAAAUCGGUAUCUGGUAUCGUUGGUGGUGCCAAACCGCUAUUUGGUAUCGAUGGUGGUGCAAAUUCACCUCCUGGUGUUGUUGGAGGUGUCAAUCCAUUGCUUGG